AAUAAACAAGAGGAUGUAAAUCCACUGAGAACACCGCCAUCCAACGACCCGGGUUGAAGCGCGCAUCGGCGGGGCUUUCAGGCUGACGGUGGGCCGCAGCAGAGAGGAAGCGUCCAGCUGGGGAGGAGGAAAAACCGCUGCACUGGAUGGUGGGGGAUGAUGGUACCAGCCAGGGUCUGAUGUUCUCCUGCACGCCCCGCUGACACACACUGACUGUCGGACUGGUGGUGAGGAUUAUCUAGGAGGCUGGAGGAAGGAAGACAGGGAGGGGGGGGAGGCAGCAACGAGCAUCAUCCGGAGAGGACCGUUUUGUCAGGGGGGCUGGCCGACAAAUAACGCGGAACAGUAAGAAAUUGGAUUUUGCAGUUGGAUAUUUUCUCUUAUUUUGCGUGUAGAGACUAUCAUUUUCAAAGGAUACAGGUCUUCGGGGAAGAAAGUCAGUUCAUGAAUGUUCCAGAAACGCAUGCAGAUCCAACACAACUGAGUGGAAAUCAGACAAUUCCAGUAUUGUUAUGCAACUCAAAUCAAUUGCAAUUCUAUAGAAAGUAUCCUACUAUUUCUUUUCUAGUGCUGUGUUUCUGUGGUGUUUUCGAGGGCAACUGGGAUUACUGAGGCUGGUCGUUCAUUUCGGUGCGGGGGGGUAGGACCAUAUUGGACGCUUGAUAAUCGAGGUUGGGCUCCACGGAGAGAAGAUGUCGGGUCAGACGCUGACAGACCGCAUCGCCGCGGCGCAGUACAGCCUGACGGGAUCCGAGGUGUCCCGAGCUGUGUGUAAAGCCACCACACAUGAACAGACUGCUCCAAAGAAAAAGCACAUGGAAUACCUGAUCCAGGCCACCCAGGAGACCAAUGUGAACGUCCCCCAGAUGGCCGACACACUGAUGGAGAGGGCCGGCAACGCCAGCUGGGUGGUGGUUUUCAAAGCCCUGAUCACCACACACCACCUCAUGGUGAAUGGCAACGAGAGAUUCCUGCAGUUCCUGGCAUCUAGAAACACCUUGUUCAACCUCAGCAACUUCCUGGACAAAACUGGCUCCCACGGCUACGACAUGUCCACGUUCAUCAGACGCUACAGCCGCUAUCUGAACGAGAAGGCUUUCGCCUACAGACAGAUGGCUUUCGACUUUGUCCGAGUCAAGAAAGGAGCUGACGGAGUGAUGAGGACCAUGUCAGUAGAGAAGCUGUUGAAAGGAAUGCCCACCCUGCAGAGCCAGAUCGACGCACUGCUGGAUUUUGAUGUGCAUGCACAGGAACUGAACAAUGGAGUGAUAAAUGCCUGCUUUCUGCUACUCUUCAAAGAUCUGAUCAAGUUAUAUGCCUGCUACAAUGACGGCAUCAUUAACCUGCUAGAGAAAUUUUUCCAGAUGAAGAGAAGCCAGUGUAAAGACGGGCUGGAGAUUUACAAGAGAUUCCUGACGCGAAUGACUCGCGUUUCAGAAUUCUUCAAAAUUGCUGAGCAAGUGGGAAUAGACAAAAAUGACAUACCUGAACUCACUCAGGCCCCAGAAAGUCUUCUGGAGUCCCUGGAGACCCAUCUUAACACGCUGGAGGGGAAGAAGCCAGAGGAUAAGUCGCCCACUAAGGACGUGACAGCCAACAACAGCUCGCCGGCUGCUGCUGCUGCUGUGCCGUCCAAGCCCGCACCUCCUGCUGCAACCGGCGGGCCCCCUGCUCGCCCCGGGCCGCCUGCCAAACCUCCUCCACCCUCUGUCACCCCAACUGCACCGGCCCCCACCACCACCGUCACUACCAGCAAUGCUCUUGAUGAUGGGUUCUUGUUGGAUCUAGACCCCAUGUCCUCCUCAUCAGCAGGGGGCGCUGCAGCGACUUCCUCCAUAACUGGAUGGGGAGAUCUCUUGGCUGAGGCAACUCCGGCUGCCACUGAUGAAGCCUCUGAAGCUCUCCUGGCAGAGGGAGAGUCUGCUGAUGCUGAUGAUGCAGCCGCUGCUGCCCCUGCAGCUUCCGCGCCCACAGCCACUGCAGCUACCACUGCCGCUGCAGCCGCACCAACGCCCGCCUCGCUGCCCGUCUCAGCUCCCGCCACCACCGCAGCUGCAGACAUGGAUCUCUUCGGAGAUGCGUUUGCACCUUCCCCAGGAGACGGUUCUGCUGCCGUGGCCGCGGGCCCCGCUGCUGAUGCAUUUGGUGGAUCUGACCCCUUCGCUACGACGGAGGGGAGCGCAGACAUUGCUCCAGAGCUGGACCUGUUCGCUAUGAGGCCCGCCGACACGGGGGCCACCGCCGCCACCCAUCCCACCUCUAGUGAGGUGCCGACCAUCGUCGCCCCCAUCGCUGCCCCCACCCCUUCUUCCACCACCACCACUACCACCACAACCACCAUCGACACCACCACCACAGAGUCUGCAGCCGCCCCGACUCUAGAUAUCUUUGGUGAUAUGUUUGAUUCUAUGCCUGAGCAAAGCCCUACCACAGAAUCCAAAGCUGCUACCACUCCUAGCGUAGACCUUUUUGGUGCAGACCUUCCUGCUGUUUCACGCGGGCCCUCUCCUUUGCCUGAGGCGGCUCCGGCUGGAGACAUCGUGACCGACUCAUUUUCAUCUCCAGCUCCUGCUGCUGCUCCUAUCGUUGCUCCUGCUGCAGCUCCCGUCCCAGAAGCCUCCCCCCCACCCAAAGCAGAGCCAGCACCUGUCAUUGACCUGCUGGACUCCUUCAGCAGUCCUGCAGAGGAGACGCAGAGCUCUGCUCCUGGAGGGCCUGGAGACGACCUGCUGGGAGGCCUGAUGUCCCCCACCCUGGUUCCCACCGCUGCCCCAGCUCUGGCUCCAGCCUUGGCUCCACCUCUGGUCUCAGCUCCGGUGCAGAACGACCUCCUAGAGUCGGGCUUUGACGUUCUGGGCUCCCUUACCUCUCCAACGCCACCUGUUCCUGCUGCAGCGACAGCACUACCAAUAGUGCUAGCUGUACCAGAACCUGCAACCACCACACCGGCACCCUCUGGUGGCUUUGAUGCUUCAAUGUUUGAUGGAUUAGGCGACUUGCUGAUGCCCGCCGUAACGCCCCAGAGCACCGGGGGCAGCACUGCUGGAAGCACAGCAGGAAGCAUGGGAACUCCCGUCGCAGCAGGAGGCAUUGCAGCCGCCACCCCACCUCCUACCAAAACCAUCGGAGGAGACCUGGACUCUUCACUGGCCAACCUGAUUGGAGACCUUGGAGUAAAGAAAAAGGACCCACAGAGUGAGAAGAAGCUGACAGGAGGCGCCAACUGGAUGCCAAAGGUAGCUCCCACAAGCUGGGGCACACCAGGAGCCCCCAUGGCUGGCGCUGCCCCUGGAGCUCCUGGGGCUCCAGGAGCAGCUCCACCCGGUGCAGCCAUGGUGCAACCAAUGAGUGCACAGCCUGGGUUUGGCAUGCCUCCUGCAGGAGGGCCUGGAGCUCCCAUGAUGCAGCCCAUGAUGGGGCAGCCUAUGAUGGGACAACCCAUGAUGAGACCUCCCUUCACUGGGGUGGCCGGAGCUGCACCCGGAGCCGCUACACCAGGAGCACCGCUUUCUCCAGGACCUGCAAGCCAGAGUCCCAAGAAGCCCAAGGACCCUUUGGCAGAACUCGACCUCAAGGACUUCUUAUAACGCCCCAGCUGCUUUCUUCUCUGGUGCAGGGCCCUCUCACCUUUUACCUGGUGUCUGUCAACAUCUCAGGAUGCCAGCGAUGUUCAGCUACUCAACCUUAUAAGAGCCUCUUUUCUCCACCCUGCCCAUCAACACCCCACCCUUCUCCUGUGUGAUGUCGUAGCACAAACUGUGAAAGUGAACCAUAGCGAAUUAUAUAUAUAUGAGAAAAAAAAUACAAGCGUGUGCUUAUAUAGAUGUACUAAUCUUUUGUCUAAACAAAAUCACUCAAAACCCAGACAAAAAAAGUCCACAAAAGUAAGUGAGAGAAAGUGAAGGCGUAUGUGUUUAGAUUUAUUUCUAGUGUUGAGUCGAAUGAUGGAUGUGCUUUGGUGUUCUAUGCUCCACCCACGCCCCGUAUGUGUCCCCACCUUCUUAUAAAGGGGGAGGAGCUCUUCUUUGUCGCUCUCUGAUUGGAUGAGAGUAGUAAACGAAGCCCCGGUAGAUUUUCGGAGAAACAAGUUGUGUGUUGUUUACAGAAAGGUCCUUUUUGAUGUACAUAGAUUUCUCUGGCGAGGAUUACGUCUCUAUUCUGUAUGUCUGUUGAAGAGAAAUUUAAAUGUGAAUCUGACAUGAAAUUGUAAGAAGUCGUGUGAGUAUCCUUCUAAUUCCCGUCAUCUUUUGAAAGUAUUUGGAAACAAAUAUGAAUACAGCUAUAUGAUUAAUAUACUGUAUAUUAAGAAACAACUUCUAUGGGCUUCUGAAUCAUACCAGACCAGGAAGUGAUCCUUUUGUUUGUUUAUUUUUUUUACUUGUGGUUCAUUUUUCUAUGUUUUGUUUGUUUUUUUGUCUUUUUGUCCAAUGUUACUUACAUGUUCUGUUUCUUUUAGAAUAAUCUUCCAGACUGCUGUCGUUAUUUGCUGGCAUUGCUAUUAAAGAACAUAUCUUACAACUUACUUCCAGAGAAAAUGCUUUAGUUAAUCGCCACAGAGGUAAACUCAAACUGUCCCUUUUGACACUACCCAUGUGGAUAUGUCUGUUCCCUGUGCUUUCAUUAUUACUAUGACCAGGUCAGUAUGGUUAUUUUUGUAUUUAGAGUAAGAUAUUCUAUUGCCAUACCAAACUCUUUGUUCAGACAGAUCAAAUCAGAACAAAAAUGAAGUCACGUUAAUAUGUGGUUUGAAAUGGAGAUCCAGAUUUCAAAGAAUAGCAGACAACCAACAUGGUGAUCCAGCAGGAAGGACUUUAGUGGCUUUGUUCACUUUUCUCUGUGACUAGAAAAUCCCAUCACAAAACUCAGAACAUAUUAAAGGUACCCUGUCAAGUUUUUUCUAAACAAACAAAAGUUCUGUUUACAUUAACUGUUUCUCAGCAAAUAAGCUUUGUAUGUAUCAUUGAGGCCUAACAAAUGUGCUGAAUGCAUUUACUUCCUCAUAAAACAUUUGAAAAGCCGAUUUAUUCUUAAAACUUUGAAAUCUACUUUGUUUACAAACUCAUCAGAACAUUGCCUCAUAGCACUACUAGCGGUCAAAGUCUCCACAGAGUACAUUUAAGUUCCAUGUUACUAACCUGUUGCACCCUCUGCUGUUGGACAAAUUGGGCCAAGUGACAGUGUGUAUGCCUGCAUUGCUGCUUUGAUAAUGUUAUAAUUACAGCAAAUUAAUGAAGAUCACCUGAAAAUGUAGAGACUAACACUGAGAUUUGACAAAAAAAAUCACAUUUGAUUGCUGUCUCAACAUCAUUUUUGUUCAAGUUCAUUUGAUUAUUGCUGUCCUUUGGGCCAUUGUCAAUUGAACAGUCAAAUUGUAAGUGGCCACAUGGGAACGAUUACUAAUGUAAAGCUUACUCUGUAUGUUGUCAUUUCAUUAGAUUGAAUAAGCAAUUGGUUGUGAGAAUCUGAUGUGAUUCAGAGAAAAUAAUGGGAGAUUAUUAACAUUGUUCAUGACUGAAUUAAAAUUGUAUUUUUGUUUAGUUGUAAAUUUAUUUUAUUUACGAUGACCCUCCCCAGUGCAUGUAAGCCCUUUGAGGUGCAAUAAAUUCAAUGACGGAUUGAACUGCC